AUGCCGACAUGUCGGUAUGAUGGAAGGGGAGAUCCUGGUAGAUGUAUGACCUCAUAUGAAGGGCACAUGAUUUUAUAUACCAAUUCUGAUGUCGUUUGGUGUAAAGUAUUCCCAACCACUCUGGUUGGGGAAGCGGCAGAUUGGUUCAAUACUCUUGAAAAUGGAGCGAUCCAUAGUUUUCAACAGUUAGCUGAAAUGUUUGUGGGACAAUAUGUCAGUAACAGUGUUCGACAAAGAACUUCAAGGGAGUUGAUGGUUGUUACUCAAAAAGCAGAUGAGUCUCUAAGGGACUACAUAAGAAGAUUUAAUAAUGAAGCCAAUACAAUCCCAAGAUUACAGCAGGAGAUAGUGGUCAUGGCGCUAAUGAAUGGCUUGAAUGAUUCGAAAUUUAAAAGAUACUUAACUAGAAAGAAUCAGCCAACAUUAGCUGCAGCAUUUAACAAAGCUCAUGACUAUAUAAAGAGCAAAGAAUUGAUGAAAACAAGCAGCCGGGUUGGUUCCACCGAUAGGAUUCACCCAAUGUCGGAAGGGGGAUCUUCAGGAGGUGGAAGGCCGAGAAAUCCAACCUUAGCAAGGGGAGGAAGCCGUCAAGAGGUUAGAGGAACCAAAGCACCAAUGCGAUAUAAUUUUUAUACACCGCUGAAUGCACCGAGGGCUGCAAUAUAUUCUGUAAAUCAGAAUCGGGAAGGAUGGGUGAGACCCAUGCCGAUGAAAGCAAAAGGAAGGGAUACCAAGAAAUAUUGUAUGUUCCACCGAGAUGUGGGGCAUUAUACUGAAGAUUGUGUGCAGCUGAAAGAUAAUAUUGAAGAAUUAAUAAGGAGGGGACACCUCACUCAAUAUCGGCUACAUUCAGGGGAAAGUCAACAACAAUAG